AAAAGAGAGUCCAAGCAGAUUGAAACACCUCCUCUGCUCUUUCAAUUGCAGAAAUGGCCGCCUUUUCAUUUGCAGAAAUAGGAUUCUCAGUGUUAAUAGUAGUUUUCUUCUGGUGGGUAUCAAAGAGAGGAAAUAAAAAUGCAAAGAGAUUAUCAUUACCACCUGGGCCAUUAGGAUGGCCUGUCAUAGGAAAUCUCCAUGAGCUGGGAGAACUGCCCCACCGUUCUCUAGCAGAGCUCUCUAAGAAAUAUGGGUCUUUGAUGUUUAUAAGACUCGGCUCCGUUCCUGCCCUCGUUGUUACCUCUGCGCAAAUGGCGAAGGAGAUCUUGACAACACACGACGUGGCAUUUGGAAACAGGCCGGCAUCGGCGGCUGCAAAAUAUGUAGCAUAUGGGGAGAUUGAUCCAGGCUUGGCUCCGUAUGGACCGUACUGGCGGCACAUGCGAAAAAUAACAGUCAUGCAAUUGUUGAGUGCCAAGAGAGUCGACUCCUUCGCCUGCGUGCGAGAGGAAGAGGCGGCUGUGGGCGUGCGUUCCAUCUGGGACAAGAGUAUGCAUGGCAAACUCCCUAUCAACCUCACAGCCGCCAUUUCCUCCAUGAUUUCUGGUAUUAUGUGGGGGAUUCUUGCGGGCACCAACUCUGGAGCUUAUUCUGAUCUAGUUGGGAGCGGGGAUGAGCUUACGAUGAUGAUCAACGAGGUUACCAGUAUGGUGGGCGCUUUUAAUGUUGGCGACUUCUUUCCUUAUGGAAAGUGGCUUGACCAGCUGAGAGGCAUGAAGCGUCGAAUGGUAAGGGCUCAUGACUUCUUUGAUCGAGUGGUGGGAAAGAUAAUAGACCAGCAUGUGGAGCGCAAUGCAAAGGUACUGGAUUCAGGGGAAAAUAAGCAUGUCAAGGACUUGGUUGACGUUCUCCUGGAUAUUGAAAAGGAAGAGCCCGAGGGUGAGAAUGGCAUCAAGGUCACCCGAGAGCACAUCAAGGCAUCUAUUUUCGACAUGUUCCUUGGUGGAACUGAAACAACGAUUAUUACAUUGGAAUGGGCAAUGAGUGAACUGCUAAGAAAUCCUCGCAUGGCCAAGAAGUUGCAAGAAGAAAUUCAGUCCAUCGUAGGCAAGGAUCGGAUGGUAAAGGAUUGUGAUUUGGUAAAUAUGGAAUACCUGCAAUGCGUUGUACAGGAGACACUUCGAUUAUAUCCUGCAGGACCCAUCAUGUUGCCCCAUGAAUCCACAAAAGCUUGUACUGUUGGUGGCUAUGACAUACCUAACAAAACAAGGCUUGUUGUCAAUGUAUGGGCAAUAGGAAGAGAUCCAGCUAUAUGGAAGAUCCAUUGGCAUUCAAUCCUGAAAGGUUUAUGAGUAAGAAUCUAAAUGGUAAAGCUCGAGACUUCAACAUGCUCCCAUUUGGUGCUGGAAGGAGAGGUUGCCCUGGAGCUCUGCUUGCCACUCGGAACACUGAGCUUAUUCUGGCUCAACUCAUGCACUGCUUUGAUUGGAAACUUGAAGGCAAUCAAGAUCCAUCACUGUUGGAUAUGACUGAAACAUUUAGAACAAGUAUCCCUCGAAAAGUGAAUCUUUUUGCAAUUCCCACCUUGAAAUUAGAUAAAAAACUCUAAAAAUGCAAUAUCCACCCACGGCAUCCUUUAUCUAGUUGUUCUCUUCUAUUUCCCUAGCCACUUUAUUAUGUCAUGGAAUGUAUCUGAUGCAUUUAGUAGAAAUAAAGAUGAUGCUCUAUUCUUCCUUGGUAAGGAUAAUAACAUCAUCCUUGGUAAGGAUAAUAAUAUCAUCCUUAUUUUCAUAAUAGGUUUAUUAUAGUGAUAUUGGAUAUUGGAUUGAAUUUUUUUUA